AUGAUCUACCAGUCGCAGAAUCUCAAAAUCUCAUUCUCUCUCCAGCAGACACUUUGGUCUUGGCUUCUAGAGUCCAAGCCUUUGUCUUCUGACCGCAACGCCCCAGGCUUCACCGAUGCUAUCACCAAAGAGCACAUCACCUUUCAGUCUCUCAAAGACUAUGCGACAACCUUAUCAUCGGCUCUUGUUACCAGGUAUAGGAUUCGCCAAAAUGACACUGUUAUUGUAUUUGCAAAAAAUUCCAUUUGGUAUCCUGUAGCGACGCUCGCUGCCGUUCGUGUUGGAGCAGUAGCUUGCGGCGUAUCGCCCGAGUACACUGUCGAUGAGUUUUAUUACAGUCUCAGGACUAGCAAAGCAAAAGUUAUCUUCGCGACGGUUGAUAACUUUGAUACAGCCAGCGUUGCAGCCAAAAAGGCCGGGAUUCCGCCAAACAAUAUCCUUUUACUUGAAGGUUCCAGACAAGGCAUUACGAGCAUCCAAGAGAUACUCGAGAACUCAAAGGCUCUUGUUGAGGUACCUGCACUCCAAGUCGCGGAUGGAAAGACAAAUCGGGAUGUUUGUGCUUUUCUCUGCUUCAGCAGCGGUACUACCGGUCUUCCAAAGGCAGUCAUGAUUUCGCACGCCAACAUCAUCGCUCAAUGCAUUCAAACCUCAGAUAUCACGCUCCCUAAUCACAAUCGAAUUCUCGCAGCCUUGCCAUUUCACCAUAUUUCGGGUAUAGUACAUCAGAUACACCUACCCAUCCACCUAAGCGCCCAUGUCUAUGUCUUACCCAAGUUCACCCUUGACUCACUACUCAAGACUGCCGCUGAGAAUAAGAUCAGAGAACUUAUCAUUGUUCCUCCGAUAUUGAUCAGACUAGUACGAGAACCGGAGCUCGUGUCAAAGUACGAUCUAUCCCACGUUGAGCGAUUCUCAUCUGGCGCAGCUCCUCUGUCUCGAGAGAUUUUGACUCUUCUUGAGAAGACCUUUCCUGGGACCGGUUUCAAACAGGGCUACGGUAUGACUGAGUCGUGCUCGACAAUCACAUCGCAUCCUCCUUCCAAGUAUUCUUAUAAGUAUGCCGAUCGUGUCGGCAUGCUGGUUGGAUCAACAGAAGCACGAGUCGUGGAUAUUGAAACUGGCGAGGACUGUGAAGUUGGCAAGGCAGGUGAGAUUUGGGCUCGUGGACCCCAAGUGGCAAUGGGCUAUCUCGAUAAUCCCGAAGCAACCGAAAGCACAUUCGGCAAGGAUGGUUUCUUGCACACUGGUGAUAUAGGCUACUUCGAUCAUGAAGGGAUGCUGGCCAUCACUGAUAGGUUGAAGGAGAUAAUCAAGGUCAAAGGCGUCGGAGUUGCUCCAGCAGAGCUCGAGGACCUUCUUCUCGGACAUCCACACGUCGAUGAUGUUGCUGUAUGCGGUAUUCCCGAUGAGCGAGCAGGUGAAAGACCCAAAGCGUUUAUAGUUCUCAAAGCUUCUGAAACUUUACGGCCGGUUGAAGCUGCAAAGGAGAUACUUGAGUAUGUUAGGAAGGAAAAGGUGCGACACAAGUGGCUGAAAGAGAUUGAGCUUGUGUCUACGAUACCAAAGAGCCCGGCUGGUAAGAUCUUAAGGCGCAAGCUGCAGGGUCUGGCUUCAAGUGGUAGUGUGAACGUCGUAGCGAGGGAUCCUGGCGUGGCAGCUAAACUAUAA